UUUUCUAUUUUAUUCUAUUCUUUUCUAUUGGUUUACCUUGAGAUGUCUUCUCAACCUACACUUUUACGCUGGUUAACCAAAUCUCCGGCAGUUAACAAGCAAUCGGGUGAAUCUAAAACUGAAACGAUUGAGCAAAAUAAUAAAACCAAAGAGAAUGUAAAUAAUAAAAAUGUCACCCCAAUUAGGACUCACAAAGAUGAGGAGGAGGAAGAUAAAGAGAUGGAGCAAACUAAAAAUGGUGGUAACAAAAGCCGAAGUGAUAAAAUUACUCCGAAACGUUUACUGGAAAGUCCGAUCGCUUCUUCAUCAGCCAGUGAAGAGAUUAGUCCUGAGGUGAAAACACCAUCACGAAAACGGGUAAAUACCAGGAAUCAUACAUCAGCCAAGAGAAGACGAGUUAGAAUUGUAGAUGAAGACAGUGAUGAUGAAUAUAAACCGGAUGGAAAGCAAGAAGCUUCAAGUGAAGAGGAAGAAGCGAUCAUCUCUGAAGAAUCAGCGAUCGCCUCAGGCUCUGAUUUUGAAGAAGAUUUAGAAGAAGAUGAUGAAAUUAUCGAAAGUAAACCAAAAAGAGCCAAAAAAUCGGCUCCUAGUAAAGGUGGAACUCCGUCUCGAUCAGUUAACAAUAAAUCAAAUUUAUCUGAUAAAACGGUUGCUCGUUUAUCCUCAUUUACGGCCGCUAAAAGUACCGAUGAAGCUGUUGGUGUUUUGGAAAAUGAUGUUGCCCGUGAAUGGCCUCACCUUAAAUUUGAUUUUCUUUCACCAAGUAAAAUAAUGGACAAAAAACGCCGACGACCCGAUGAUCCUGAAUACGAUCCAACUACUCUCUAUAUUCCGGAAUUAUUUAUCAAAAAGCAAACACCCGCUCACGCUCAAUGGUGGGAAUUCAAGUCGAACCAUUAUGAUACCAUUUUCUUUUUUAAAAUGGGCAAAUUUUACGAACUUUUCCACAUGGAUGCUGUGAUUGCCGUUUCCGAACUGAAUCUACUCUUUAUGCGAGGUGAAUAUGCUCAUGCCGGAUUCCCCGAGAAAUCGUAUCGUCGAUUUAGUGAUGUUUUACUUCAAAAAGGUUAUAAAAUUGCUCGAGUUGAACAAACGGAAACACCGGAACAACGAGAUGAACGUUGUAAAAAUCAAAAGAAAAAAGAUGCCGUCGUUGCUCGUGAACUUUGUCGCAUUACAACCGUUGGAACUCGAACAUCAUCAUUUCUCGACGCUGAACCUUCAUCUCCCCACUCAACUUAUCUUCUCGCUAUCGGUGAACCAAGUGAACAAUCUAACGAUGAACCUAAAUUCGGUGUUUGUUUCAUUGAAACUUCUAUUGGUAAAUUUUAUCUCUCACAGUUUACCGAUGAUCGUUAUUGUUCAAAACUACGAACAUUGUUUACCUGUUUCCCUCCAGCGGAAAUUAUUCUUGAAAGGAACAAAAUAUCACCUCGAUUAUCGCAAAUACUUAACAAUUGUUUACCUUCGGUAACAAAGGUCAUGUUAAAAUCAUUGAAGGAAUUCCUGGAACCAGAGAAAACGCUUAAAAUCUUACAAGAAAAAUAUUAUUCCAAUGAUCUUCCCGAAGUAAUUGUUAAAAUGACCGAUCCAACUGAUGCCUUACACCAGAAACCUCUCGAUGAAUAUAAAUUGUGCCUUCGUUCACUUGGAGCUGUUGUUUCAUACCUUCAGAAUUGCCUUAUCGAUGAAGAGCUUUUGUCAUUAAAAGUUUAUGAAGAGUAUAAUCCACCCUGUGGAAAUAAAAAUGAUCUCAAUUUCAGAUCAACGAUGGUCAUUGAUUCAGUUUCGCUGAAAAAUUUGGAAAUUUUUGAGAAUAGUUCAGGUGGAAAAGAGGGAACUCUUUUUGAAACAAUGGACUUUUGUGGAUCCAAAUUCGGUAAACGAUUACUUCGUUCAUGGUUAUGUGCUCCUCUUUGUAAUGUUAAUUUAAUCAAUGAUCGAUUAGAUGCUAUUGAUGAUCUCAAAAAGUCUGACCUACAAUUUACUCUCAACGAAAUUUCGGAACUUAUCUCAAAAUUACCCGAUUUGGAAAGACUUUUAUCCAAAAUCCAUACUCAAGGUUGUGCCCGUCGUAGUCGUGAACAUCCUGAUUCUCGAGCAGUUCUCUUUGAUAAUGCCAUCUACUCGAAACGAAAAAUUCUCGACUUUCUUUCCGCUCUGGAAGGCUUUAAAGCGACCCUUCAAGUCCGUCAACUUUUACACAAUGUCCGUGAUAAAUUCAAGUCCAAAUUGUUACUCAAAUGUGCCACUUAUCCCUCAGAUGGAGGCUACUUUGCCGAUAUCACUGGUAUCCUAACCCACUUUGAUGAAGCCUUUGACCAUAAUCAGGCCAAAAAAGAGGGUAAAAUAGUUCCUCGAGCAAAAGUCGACGAAGAUUAUGAUCUCGCCUGUCGUGAUGUUAAAGAUGCAAUUGAACUCAUGGAACAAGCCCGACGUGAUGUAUCUGCUAAACUUGGAACCAAAGUUAACUUUGCUAAUUCGGGUAAAACCCGAUACAUGUUGGAAAUUCCUGAAUCGGUUUCAAAACGAUUAGGUCCAGAAUACGAAUGGAAGGGAAGUCGUAAAGGUUUCCGUCGUUUCUACACUAAAAAGAUAACAACCCUUCUCAGUGAACUAACCACCGCUGAGGAGCGGAAAGAGGCCAUUCUUAAAGAUAUUAUGAGACGAAUCUUUGAAUCAUUUAGUAAAUAUUAUUCUGAUUGGAUUGCAGUGGUCAAGUGUAUCGCUUUGGUUGAUUGUUUGAUCAGUUUAACUAAAUGUUGUACCAAUAUGGUCAAACGAGGGUCAACCAUUUGUCGGCCAGUAAUUGUUACCGAUCCUCAGGUGAAACCUUUCAUUUCUAUCUCACAAGGUCGCCAUCCCUCUCUCCUUAAAUACAAGUCCAACUUUGUUCCUAAUGAUAUUGACCUGGGCGAUCAGCUCCUCCUUCUCACUGGACCCAAUAUGGGAGGUAAAUCAACCCUAAUGAGACAAACCGGAUUAAUUGCAAUUAUGGCUCAAAUGGGCUGCUAUGUACCCGCUGAAUCUUGUUCUUUAUCACUUUUGGACUCCAUUUUCACCCGAUUAGGAGCCUAUGAUAGAAUAGCCGAGGGUCAGUCAACAUUUUACGUUGAAUUAAGUGAAACCUCGUUAAUCCUUAAAAACGCCUCGAAAAAUUCACUUGUCCUAUUGGAUGAACUUGGCAGGGGAACCUCAACCUAUGAUGGAACCGCAAUCGCCUCAUCAGUAAUCAACGAACUAAUUAAAAAUAUCCAAUGUCGAACCCUUUUCUCAACUCAUUACCAUUCAUUGGUUGAACAAUUUCACUCCAAUGAGAGAGUUAAACUUGGUCACAUGGCUUGCAUGGUCGAGAACGAGAAUGAGGAAGAUCCAUCGGACGAAUCGAUUACAUUCCUAUACCAACUGACCGAUGGUCCAUGUCCUAAAAGUUAUGGUUUCAACGCGGCCAAAUUAGCGGGAAUACCAACAGAUAUUAUCAGGAAAGCCCAUGAAACGGCAAAAGCGUUUGAAGCUUUCGGCUCAGCCAAUCGACUAAUGAACAGUUUAAUUACUGAUAAAGAGAAACCAAUUAAUGAGCUUCGUGAUAUAAUCAAAGCUUUACAAACAAUUGAAGUUAAAUUUUGAAUCUCUAUCAUUAUUAUUACCUCACAUUUCACAUCUCACAACUCACACAAACAUUUAAACUCAACAAUUAAAUCAACACCAAAGGAAACAAUUAACAAUUACCUCUUAUAAACAUAGUCAAAGGAAAAGGAAAUAGAAAAUGAUUAUUUUUUCUUGAAUAAUAUCAUUCAAACGGAAAACCAUGAGAAAUGAUUAACCAAGAAACGAAAAUAUCGAAAAAUUUUUUUUUCUAAUUCACCAUUCAUUCAAUUACUGAAAAUUAUUUCUCAAACAAUUAAUGAUAUGUUCAAUUAUUAUUAUUAUAAAUUAAAAGUUGUCACAACAAUUAAACCAUUU